AUGUAAUUUCUUUAAAAACUAAUUGCAAUACCCAAAAAUGUGUUAUUGUCCCUAAAAUAAUUUUAAUCAAAAAAACAAUAGAUAUAAACAGUAGAACCUAUUAAAUUAAGUGAAGAUUGUAAAAUUGAGACUUUUGAAAUUGUGGAGGAACACAGAGUAAGAAAGAGAAAAUAAUUAACCGAUNUGGACAAAUUGCCAAUUGGUUAUGUUAAAGGAAAAGGAAAUGUAAUUAUGAAUUUGAAUUCUCAAGCCCCUCGAUAAAAAAGUACCAAAAAACAAAUAAUAUGAUCAUGUCAAACAAACCUUAAAUACAGGACCAACCGUGAGAGACAUUGAAGUAGUAAGUAAUGCUAAGAUAGCUAAAAAAAGAUCUGAGUUGUUUAAGCGCAUCAAGUGUUCCACUGUGUUCAACUUUAUAAGCGUAUACUUCAUAUAUAUUCUGAUAGGAAAACACAGAAUAAGAAACUAUUUAUAAGUUAGCAGAUCAACAAUAAUAGGAAUAGGAGUAGUUACAAUAAUUUGAUACUUAAAGUCAAUAUAGUUAGAAGACUAGAUUUACUGAAGUAUCGUAAGUCUCUGCAAUUACUUAUGCCACAGAAUAAUUGGGGAUUACAGAUUAAUCAGAAUUUCUGCUUUUGGACUUGCGAGAUCCUGAUGAAUUUGAACUAUAUCACAUUAAAGAGGCUGUCAAUUUCCCUGCUCCCAAUUUAAGAUAAGAUAAAUUAACCUAAUAAAUUCAUAGAUUUGUACAUUUAAAUAUUCAAUUAGAAAAACCAAAAAGACAAACACAUUAUUAUUUAUCAUUUUGAUGAAAAGAAUGGAAUUCCUUCAGCCACUCUCUUUGCUGAAAAAGGAUUCGAAAAUGUUUAUCUUCUGAGUGGAGGCAUCGAAAAAUUUCUGCAGAAUUACCCCUAAGGUGUCAUUGGCAUUAAAGUACCCUCAAUUCCAAAACCAGAAGGUAUGAUAUUUAUGUGUAAUGACAGAGAAUCCAAAUAAAAUUAUAAAGAGGUCAAAUUACAAGGAAACUGAUUCCUAAAUCAAUAAAUCAGAAAAGAAUAUUAGUGAUACAAAAUCGCAAAUUAGUUAGAAAACUAAAAUUACUAGACAAUCAAGUUAAUAGAAAUAAUAACAGUCUUAAUAUAUUGAUAAAUGA